AGUACAGCAGGUAGGAACCUUUGUCGCUGGGCUGCAGUUCCCGGCCGGACCCCGUGCUGCGGCUGAAGGCUGCGGGCUGAUUAUGGGAUGCUGUGAUAAUAAAACUUUCCUCUGUGCUCCUCCAUGACCUGACAGCAGAGGAACGCCAGGAUGUUGAGCGAGAUCCCGCGGGACGCUCUCCUGCGGCCGCUGACCCGGAAUGAAGUGGUGGGAAUGUUGGUGAGGCUCACCGUCUUUGGAGCGGCGACGUACUACAGCAUCAAAUGGGUGGUGGAGGCUCUGGAUCCGACUCAGAAACAGAAAACGCAGGCCAAGAAACGGGCUGAGCACUUGAUGAAGCAGAUCGGGGUGGAGGGGGUCAGUCUGAAUGAGUAUGAGAUGAACAUCGCCACUCAGCUCGUCGUUCCUCGCAGUAUGAAGGUGACGUGGAGGGAUGUUGCGGGCCAUGAUGACAUCAUCACAGAGUUACAGGACACUGUCAUCCUGCCCUUCCAAAAACGACACCUCUUCCGCGGAUCCAAACUCUUCCAGCCUCCCAGAGGUGUGUUGUUAUAUGGUCCUCCUGGUUGUGGGAAGACGUUAAUAGCCAAGGCCACAGCUAAAGCCUCGGGAUGUCGGUUCAUCAACCUGCAGGCCUCCACGCUGACGGACAAGUGGUACGGCGAGUCCCAGAAGCUCACCGCCGCUGUGUUCUCAUUGGCUGUCAAACUUCAGCCCUGCAUCAUUUUCAUCGAUGAAAUUGAUUCUUUCCUGAGGAACCGGUCCAGUCUGGAUCACGAGGCCACGGCCAUGAUGAAGGCCCAGUUUAUGAGUCUGUGGGAUGGCCUGGAGACUGGAGAGUGCACUCAGGUGAUGGUGAUGGGAGCCACUAAUAGGCCACAGGAUUUAGAUCCAGCUAUUCUCAGAAGAAUGCCCACAACCUUCCACGUGGGGCUACCUAACGCCACUCAGAGGCAGGAGAUCCUGCGACUCAUCCUGUCAGGAGAAAAUCUGAGUAAUGCGAUAAACCUGAAGGAGAUAGCGGAGAAGACGGAGGGGUACUCGGGCAGUGACCUGCGGGAGCUCUGCCGCGACGCCGCCAUGUACCGCGUCCGAGAUUACGUCCGGAAACAGCAGAUGAAGCAGAUCGCUCAGCAGUUCCAGCUGGACCAGGAGGAGGAGGAGGAGUCGUUGGACGGUGCUCGGCUGCGGCCGGUGACUCAGCUGGACCUGCUUUUUGGACUGGAUAAGAUGAAAGAGUCAAAACAAGCUACAGUCACAGCUAACCUCAGAGAAGUGCCCCUGGACUGAACACACACACACUACACACACACACACACACUCCUGCAGUUUUCACUUCAGCGAACAUUCCUGUUUUAAAGGAACAGCUUUAUUACUUCAUUUCAGUAAUUUAGUUCAAAAUGUGAAACUCAUAUAUUAUAUAGAUGUAUUAAAUACACAGAGUGAACUGUUUUAAGCGUUUAUGUAUUUUAUUGUUGAUGAUUAAUUAUGGCUUACAGCCAAUUAAAACCCAUUAGAAUCAGUGUCUCCCAGAAAAUUAGAGUAUUAUAUAACUAAGAUCAAUUGGUACUUUUUUUUGGCAGUGUGAAGCCAAGUCCUGCUGGAAAAUGAAAUCUGCAUCUCUAUAAAAGUUGUUAUCAGCAGAGGGAAGCUGUAAGAUAUGAAGUGCUGUAAGAUUUUGUGGGAAAACCAAACUGCACUGACUUUAGACUUGAUAAUAAAACACAGUGGAUCAACACCAGCAGAUGACAGACAUGACUCUCCAAACCAUCACUGAUUGGUGGAAACUUCACACUAGACCUCGAGCAGUUUGGACUGUGUGUCUCUCCACUCUUCCUCCAGACUCUGAUCCCUUGAUUUACUUUAAAUGAAAUGUAAAAUUUACUGAUGAUCAGUGAUGAUUUAAUGGAGAGACGUGUCAUCUGCUGGUGUUGAUCCACUGUGUUUUAUUAUCAAGUCUAAAGUCAGUUCAGUUUUGUUUUCCCACAAACUCUUACAGCACUUCAUAUCUUACAGCUUCCCCUUUGCUGAUUACAACUUUUAUGGAGAUGUGGAUUUAAUUUUCCAGCAGGACACUGCCAAAAAAGUACCAAUAGCCUUUAAUGGGUUUUAAUUUGCUGUAAGCCAUAAUCAUCGAUCAACAAUAAAAAAAUAACUCUUAAAAUAGAUCUCUCUGUGUUUAAUACAUCUACAGAAAUUGGACAAUGAAACUGAAACAGCUGGUUUUAGAGCACAAUAAUUGAUUGUGGUGACGGACAGUUCUGGUGGAAACAGGAGAGUUGAGGUGCACAUUGAAUUCUGCGUGAUUUGAUCAGCCGUGGUUUUAUGUUUUUUGGAUACAAUCCGGGUUAGCACCCGAACAUCCCUUUCAGACAGCUUCCUCUUACAGCGUCCACAGUUAAUCCUGUUGGAUGUGGUUGGUUCUUCUUGGUGGUAUGCUGACAUUACCCUGGAUACCGUGACUCUUGAUACAUCACAAAGACUUGCUGUCUUGGUCACAGAUGCUCCAGCAAGACGUGCACCAACAAUUUGUCCUCUUUUGAACUCUGGUAUGUCGCCCAUAAUGUUGUGUGCAUUGUAAUAUUUAGAGCAGAACUGUGCUCUUACCCUGCUAAUUGAACCUUCACACUCUGCUCUUACUGGUGCAAUAAUGUGCAAUUAAUGAAGAUUGACCACCAGGCUGCUCCAAUUUAGCCAUGAAACCUCCCACACUAAAAUGAGACGGGUGUUUCAGUUUCAUUGUCCAACACCUGUAUAUAAUAUAUGAGUUUCACAUUUUGAACUGAAUUAUUGAAAUAAAGUAACGUUUCAAUUUCAUUUCCCUUCUGAUCUGUAGAAACGAAGCCAAACUUUUCUACCAUUCUGUCAAAUUCUGAUUUGCAACCAGAGUUUUCAUAAUAGAGACCAGAGUAGGCGGAGUCAGACUUACCUACUUAUUUAAUAGACCUGCUCCCUGCUUCAGAGUCCCAGGCUGCCUUCAUUGAGUUUGCAGUGCAGCUACAGUGUAAACUACAGAAUCACAUACAGUGCUGUGCAAAAGUUUUAGGCACCUGUUUUUUUUUUGUUUGUUUUUUUUUCAGUAAAAAAAAAGCUUCUUAUCUGCGCAGUAAGUUUCUGUUUAUUCUCAUCAUACUAAUCAACACCUGGUUUGGUGGUAAAUUAUUGGUAAAUGUGGUAAAUCAGGUGAGCUGCUGACGGAACUGAACAUAAUAAAUAUACACAUGCUGACUGAGGAGCAUCCAGGAGAAAUCUGGAGUCUCUACACUUCGUUCUUCAGCUCACAGACUCAACUCAACUCAACUCAACUUUCAACUCAACUUUAUUUAUAGAGCACUUUAAACCCAACAACAGCCACAACAAAGUGCUGUACAUAUCAAAUUAUAGGAUAAAAACUAAAUACUAGAACGAAUAAGACAAAUUCAAAUAUUUAAAAAGUUUCAAUAAAAAUAGUUUUAGAUAAAUCUAUGAAACAAGCAAAGUAAAAUAAAAUAAAAUAAUAAAAACAGAAAUAAAAGAAGUACAAAAAAUAAUAAAUAAAACAAGGACAAAGUUUCAAAUUGGGUUACUUGUUCUUGUUACGUUUAACUGUAUUUAUGUCUAUUUGCAUCUGUUUAAAUCAUAUUUGGUUCUCUUUUCAGGUAAAAACACUCAUAUUGCUGAGAUAAAUGGAUAAAUGGUACCUAAAACAUUUGCACAGUACUGUAUUUUAUUCUACUUUUGGAGUAAGGUGGGCUAACCUAUUGCCCAUUUAGAGCUUUUACUAUAUAAAAACCUGCAAUAUUAUAUAUAUAUAUAUAUAUAUAUAUAAUUUUUAUUGCUUAAAGUUGUUCUGCACUCUCAGAAUGUUGCCCUAGACCUGCCAAAAGAGUCUGCAUGUACUGCACCCUGUGUGACUAUCGAUUGUUGAGAAUGUUAAAGUGAUGACAGAUCAAAUAAUGGGUUUUUAAAGGCUGUUACAAACUGCAUGCGACACAAAUGAUCAAAUGUUUUUUAGUCUACAACAGAAAUUAAGGGGAUUGUGGUGUUCAAUUUCUGUAAUAGAGAGAAAAAUGACAGAUUUAGAUUGAGGGACGCGUACAUUUUGACAUUGUCAAAUUGUCAGUGCUUGAUUUGAAUUUUGUACAGUAAAAAAUCAUGUUUAUUAGUAAGAAGAAAUAUGUCCCUCCUUUUAUCUCGUAACGUAUCAGUGUUUAGUGAAUUAUUGUGUAUUGUAUGUUGUUACAGUGUGUACAGUGAAGAAAAAAAUCUGCCAAAUUUAAUAAACAGAACAAAAAAAAACAUUAAAAUCA